AUGAGUAGUGGAAGACUCUACAAACUAAAAUUUUUCUGCUCCCUCUGUCAGAAGCAGCUAAAGGACGACAAUGGGUAUAAAUGCCACUUACGAUCAGACUCACAUAAGAAGAUGAUGGGUACAUACAUGACUAACCCUGAGAAGUUGCUGGAUACUUUCUCUAAAGAGUUUGAAUCCGGAUUCUUGGAGGUUCUCAAGACCAGGCAUCCUAAAACAGCUGUAAUGGCAAAUACAGUCUAUCAGGAACUUAUUAAAGACCAGUACCAUGUGCAUAUGAACUCGACUAAGUGGUCCUCCCUCGGAGAUUUCGUCAAAUAUUUGGAAAAGGCCAAUAUCUGUGAAGUCGAAUGGAGCGAGUCCAAGCCUGUUAUUAAGUACCUUGAUAAGAACGCCAGAGAAGUCAAGCGAGAAUCUGAGUAUGAUAAGAAGAUUAAGAAGAGACAAAGAGAGGCCGACCGUGAAGAAAGACGACUCAAAAAUUUAGGUGAAAUGGCUCAAAAGGAGCUUGAAAGAAGCAAGAAACGGGAAGUUAAGGACCAACAGAAGGAUUUGGAAGAGGAGAAAGAGAAAAAUGCUUCUACUGUUUUGCCAGGACAAGCUCCUGCUGCUCCGCAGAUUUCUUUCAAUUUGAAUUUGUUUCAAGCACAAAAGACUCAACCGAAGCCAGCUGUUGUAAAUCUGUUGGAUCAGAAGCCUCUUGAAGUCACUCAAAAUGAAUCGAAGGAGCAAAGCCAACCAAAAAUUAAGAAGAAGCCUCGUGGGAAUCUUGAUAUGCUGCUUGAAAUGGUUAACAGAGAUAAGAAGUAUCAGGAAGGAAAGCCCAUAGAGAGCUACAAGCGACCAAAACAAGACCAACCUGCUCCAGAGUUGCCGUCCUCUUCAAAGGAUGGGAAGAAGGAAUUCCCUUGGCUCUGUAAAGGUGUUGUGGUCAAAGUGAUGCAGAAAGAACUAGGAGGGGGUAAAUUUUACAAACAAAAAGGCAAAGUUUAUAAAGUUGUGGAACCCAAAACAAUAAAUUCUCAAGAAUUUAGCUAUAUAGCUAAUGUGAAGAUGAUUACAGGGCCUGCUGAGGGAACCAAGAUCAGGAUAGACCAAGUUAAUCUGGAGCCUGUUGCUCCAAUAGUUCCUCAAGAAGGGGAAAAGCCAAAGGUUAUGAUCCUUAAAGGUAAAUUCAAGGGAAUUACCGGAACACUUAAUGAAACAAAUGCUAGUGAGCAGGUUGGUAUUGUUGAGAUAGGCGAGAAUGAUCUCCUCAAGCUAGGUUAUGACUGCUUUACUGAGUUUUACAGUCGUAAAUAAUUGCCACACGAUUCAGCACAAUUUUA